AUGAAGUCCUUUUCGAGUUCUGCGAUUAACAAGUCGGGCAAAAAGUUCGCCCCAAAGGCGCCCGUCCGCCGCGGUGCACCUGCGCCUGCGCCAGCUGCAAGACGACCAAGCGCAGUCCAACAGGCCCAAGCAGCCCAAGCCGCGCAAACCUCCCAACAAGAACGCGAAAACCGAGGAUCUGUUGGCUCUGUUGUACCUCCAUCGAUUACCUCUGCCUCUGUGGAGCCCGAACAAACGGCGAUCCCUGAAACCACCCCACUAGUUGCAGUUACAGCUGCACCUACACCUUCACAAGAGCAUCCCUCGGUUCCCUCACAACCAAAAACUGCAAUUCCGAUCCCCCGUCCCAAGCGCAAAGCCUCCAUCGCGUUUCCUGCUACACAAGAACCGAAUAAUAUCCCUACCCCCGCAUCCGAUGCUCCGCCUUCUCCCCCCGCCUCGGCAGUCGAGCCCCAUCUCGAAUCGGAGAUAGUUCCCUCGAUCGAAGAUGAUCUCGAAAUACGUGCGGCUCGCGGUGCCUCCUCUGCGUCUGUGCAGUUCUCAGACGAUGCCAUAGCUCCACACGAACCCGCCUCACCGCGGUCGACCGUCGUCCAACCCUCCGCACCCGCCUCUGCGCCCGCACCUUCGUUUAAUGCGGUCGAGUACCGGCCGACAAAGUAUGCAAAGAAAACCUCAGAGAUCACCAAGUCCCGGCAAAAGAGUCGGUCCCAAGUGAGUAUGUCAGUGGGCCCCACCGUUGACAGCACUGGCGAGACACCGGGAGGAUCACUGGCGCCGUCUACCCCGGAUCCAAGCCAAGCGGGGAAAAAACCCAACAAACGACAACGAUCCAAAACCGGCGCAUCCGACGCCGAGGGCUCUGAAAAGGCAAAGCGAGCUCGUCGAAAACGCGAACCCACACCGGACGAUGCGGAGACCGUGGAAAUCCUGCCCAACGUGAUGAAGAUGUCAGAGCUCUGCAAAGAUUUGAAAACUGGAAAAAAGUCCAAACGAGAGGUCGAGCUACGGCGAUUGGAGCAGGUGGAACUGGAAUCGAAGCAAAAAGCGCAGGGGGAAGCAGCAUCCACUACUGGAACCCCCAUGAAGAGCCAAGCUCCGGAAGGGGAGCAGUCUUCCGAACCCCCCAAACCCGCCGCAGGCCCAGUCAUGCGUAUCGUGAAUGGAGAGAUCGUUCUCGACACUGCGUCGCUUGAAGUCGAUCGUCACGCUGAUGCUGCCCGAGAUGCGGGCGAUCUAGAAGACGUGGUGGAGAACCAGCUUACCCGCAAAGUCAACCAAGCCACUUACGGCAAACGGUCCAAGACCGAAAGCUGGGAUGAAGAAAUGACGGAUCUAUUCUACCGUGGACUUCGCAUGUUUGGCACCGAUUUCAUGGUCAUCAGCAACAUGUUUCCCGGCCGAUCUCGUCGACAGAUAAAGCUCAAAUUCAACAAUGAGGAGCGUCGCGAUCCACAAAGAAUUAAAGACACCCUCCUCGGCCCACGAGAGGUCAUCGACAUAGAAGAAUACUCUGCAAUGACCAACCAGACUUAUGACGACCCCAAGCUCAUUCAGCAAGAACUCGACGAAGAAAAGAGAGUGAUUGAGGAGCAGCACGAAAAAGAAAAGCUGCUGCACGAAGAAAUGAUGCGCAAUCCUACCGGGGCUGGAGGCGAAGAGGAUUCAAAGGGCGACAAGGGCAAAGGCGCUGCUAAGAGCAAGCGCAACAGCAAGAAAGCUGCCAAGAAUACUGGCGGUGGUACCGAGGAAGUUCUGGGCUCUAUUGACGAGAUCCCUGCCUUUUAA